ACGAAACACCUGUGGAAGUUCAUGUGUCGGCUGUUGAAGCAGAGUUGCGGCAUGGGCAUCGAUAAGGUCAUCCAGUGGGAGAACAAAGAAUUGGGAAUUUUCAGGAUCGUUAAUUCUAAAAAAGUGGCAGAACUCUGGGGCCAAUACAAAAGCAGUGACAGAAUGAAUUUUGAGAAGUUGAGCAGAGCUCUGAGGUGCGUGUUUAAUUCAUUUUUAUAA